AUGCCCAAAAAAAGACCAUCCAAAGCCAAACGAGAUGCAAAAAAGUAUGGUGGGUUGCAUCAGCAAAGGGAAAAGAGGGAAUAUGAAGCCGCAAAGCAAGUGGUGGACGACGAAUCCCUCGAUUUCCCGGCCAAGAUCGACCACCUAGCCAAAGCGCGAAGGUGGUUCACCGCCGACACGACAAUUAUCGACAAGUACAUGUCAGGCGAGUUGACGACUGCCGAGACUGUCGAGAUACUGGCCAAGCCAGUUGAUGAGGCAUACUCAUCAGCAGAUUUUGGGCGGCAAUGGCAUAGGCAAGAAAUGGUUGCUCGCGGCCAGCGCAAGUAUCACAGCCCCGGGAAAGCAUUGGAGAUGUGGGGGCCAGAGGAGGAGUGGCCAGAGCCUGAGGUGGAAUGGGAUGCUUCACAGAGCACGGAGAUGCUCCUAUGGGACCUGUGGUACUCCAUCCUACACGCCGCGAAACGGAUCCCAUACACCGACGAUGCCCGGCAUGAAAAGCUCGUUGGGCUGGUAAGAGCUUUCAAGGCCAGGCCUAAUCCCCCUCCACCUGUUCCAAUGACGAUUCCCCUCAAAAGAGAAUGGAUCUGGGAGUCUGGAAAACUCUGGACAGACCUAACCGUCUUGGGCAUAUCAGUGGCCGAAGUCUCAAACGAUUCCCCUGGUUGUGGAGCCGGUUGGUUGUGGCCAGAGCUUCGAGCAUGGGAGAAUGUCAAUGCUUUCCUGGCGAGACUGACAGCGAGUCAUCUCAUGACCUUCCAAAGUCUCGGCCUUUGGGCUCUGACCGAUGCCACAGAGAGAUCUCUCAGCGCAGGGUACAGGCGAACUUGUCCGCCAUCGGAUAACGAAAUUCUCUCCCACAGGGUGAUACUGGCAUCAUUGUGGGUGACGAUCGCUGGCGAACAGGUUUUCGCCGAGUACUACCCCAAGAUCCGCGACAAGAGGGAUAUAGAAGUUGUUGAUAGAAUUUUGGACUUGAGAGAUGAUAGACUACCUUGGACCAGAUCAAGAAAGAAGUACAAGGGUCGAGCCCGUUGGGAAACAGCUCGGAGGGAGUUUGUGCGAAGGCGGUUCGAGGCAGAAUGGCACAAUGAGAGCUUGCCUGUAGAGGCUCGGGAGAUGGCUUCUAAGGCUGCUAAGGCGUUGAUUCCAUUUGUGCAGUUGGGAGAAAAUUAA